CAGCUAAGUUAUCACGAUCCUUCGCGCCACCCCCGGUCUGGCACUCUUGGCUGACACGUACAUCAUCUAUUAAUUGCUGUUCGCGGACGCAGAUACAUAAUAUAUUCAUUUUUAUCUUUAGUAAAAUAUAAAUGGAUUGUCAGAGCGCUCGUGUCUGUUUGUUUGUACAAGGCUAUCAAAAGAAGUCAGAGAGGAGGCUGUGGCCCGGAUCCUGACCCUGAUUGUAUGAAUAAUCAGUUGCUUUGCUGGCUUCUGCAGGCUUUUAAGGUCUCGCGGCGUAGAAAUGCCUGCCCCCCACCCCCUUCCUCGGUCUCCCCUUUCAGUUCAGAUGUGCUGAUGUGCAGACCGGAUUCAUCUUCCCCGAGCGACGGCGGCGGCGGCGGCGGGCUCAGGCGGCGGCGGCGGCGGCAGCUCGCGCUCUACGGCGGGGUCCUGGCAGCGGCGGGGGCGCGGCGCGGGAGCCCGAGCUUCGGUGGCAGCUGAGCCCGCGGGGCGCCGCUCGUCCAGCCGCGGCCGCGGGAAGUUCGGCGGCCAGAAGGACGACCUGGCAGGCAGCGAGCGCCCGCUCCGCCAGAGCAGAGUUUGCCCGCAGCUGCCCCUCCCCGUCUCCGGGAGCCGAGCUCCUUACCUGCCCUCCGCCCACCCGCAGGCCCCUAGCCAACUUCUCCCUGCAACUGGGGGUAACAGGCACUUCUUGCCCUCUCUACUGUCCCGACGGCAUCCGUAUGUCUCCGGACACCUGAACACCCCAGUGUCGCCGAGGAGCCUCCCGGUAGGGAGAGGAGCACCGGUUCCCCUCGCACCGCACAUCAGCGCGGACCGCGGACGCCUCACCUCCCGGUCCCGUCCCUUCCUUUUCCUCCAGGGGAGGAGGAUGGGGUUGCAAAAGCUUCCCCCGAGGAUGCUCGUGUGGCUGGUGGCCUCGGGGAUUGUUUUCUACGGGGAGCUUUGGGUCUGCGCUGGCCUCGAUUAUGAUUACACUUUUGAUGGGAACGAAGAGGAUAAAGCGGAGACGAUAGAUUACAAGGACCCUUGUAAAGCCGCUGUGUUUUGGGGUGAUAUUGCCUUAGAUGAUGAAGACUUAAGUAUCUUUCAAAUUGAUAGGACAAUUGACCUUACACAGAACCCCUUUGGACUUGGACAUACCACAGGUGGAUUUGGAGACCAUGGUAUGUCAAAGAAACGAGGGGCCCUCUACCAGCUUAUAGACAGGAUAAGAAGAAUUGGCUCUGGCUUGGAGCAAAACAGCACAAUUAAAGGAAAAGUACCUCUCAAAUUCUCAGGGCAAAAUGAAAAAAAUCGAGUUCCCAGAGCUGCUACAUCAAGAACCGAAAGAAUAUGGCCUGGAGGUGUUAUUCCUUAUGUUAUAGGAGGCAACUUCACUGGCAGUCAGCGAGCCAUGUUCAAGCAGGCCAUGAGGCACUGGGAAAAGCACACAUGUGUGACUUUUAUUGAAAGAAGUGAUGAAGAGAGUUACAUUGUAUUCACGUAUAGACCUUGUGGAUGCUGCUCCUAUGUAGGUCGGCGGGGAAAUGGACCCCAGGCAAUCUCUAUUGGCAAGAACUGUGAUAAAUUUGGAAUUGUUGUUCAUGAAUUAGGCCAUGUGAUAGGCUUUUGGCAUGAACACACACGACCAGAUCGAGAUAACCAUGUCACUAUCAUAAGAGAAAACAUUCAGCCAGGUCAAGAGUACAAUUUUCUGAAGAUGGAGCCUGGAGAAGUGAACUCACUUGGAGAAAGAUACGACUUUGACAGUAUCAUGCACUAUGCCAGGAACACCUUCUCAAGGGGGAUGUUUCUGGAUACUAUUCUCCCCUCUCGUGAUGAUAAUGGCAUACGUCCUGCAAUUGGUCAGCGAACCCGUUUAAGCAAAGGAGAUAUUGCACAGGCAAGAAAGCUGUACAGAUGUCCAGCAUGUGGAGAAACCCUACAAGAAUCCAAUGGCAACCUUUCAUCUCCAGGAUUUCCAAAUGGCUACCCUUCUUAUACACACUGCAUCUGGAGAGUUUCAGUGACCCCAGGGGAGAAGGUAAUUGUUUUAAAUUUUACCACAAUGGACCUAUACAAAAGCAGUUUGUGCUGGUAUGACUACAUUGAAGUGAGAGAUGGGUACUGGAGGAAAUCACCUCUCCUUGGUAGAUUCUGUGGGGACAAGUUGCCUGAAGUUCUUACCUCUACAGACAGCAGAAUGUGGAUUGAGUUUCGUAGCAGCAGUAACUGGGUGGGAAAAGGCUUUGCAGCUGUCUAUGAAGCGAUCUGCGGAGGUGAGAUACGUAAAAAUGAAGGACAGAUUCAGUCUCCUAAUUAUCCCGAUGACUACAGACCGAUGAAGGAAUGCGUGUGGAAAAUAACAGUGUCAGAAGACUACUUUGUUGGAUUGACCUUUCAGGCCUUUGAGAUUGAAAGACAUGACAACUGUGCCUAUGACUAUCUAGAAGUUCGAGAUGGAACCAGUGAAAAUAGCCCUUUGAUAGGGCGUUUCUGUGGUUAUGAUAAACCUGAAGAUAUCAGAUCUACCUCCAAUACCUUGUGGAUGAAAUUUGUUUCUGAUGGAACUGUGAACAAGGCAGGGUUUGCUGCCAAUUUCUUUAAAGAGGAAGAUGAGUGUGCCAAACCUGACCGUGGAGGCUGUGAGCAGCGAUGUCUGAACACACUGGGCAGUUAUCAGUGUGUGUGUGAGCCCGGCUAUGAGCUGGGACCUGACAAGAGGAGCUGUGAAGCGGCUUGUGGCGGACUUCUUACCAAGCUUAAUGGCACCAUAACCACUCCAGGCUGGCCCAAGGAGUAUCCUCCUAAUAAAAACUGUGUGUGGCAGGUGGUUGCACCAACCCAAUACAGAAUUUCUAUGAAGUUUGAGUUUUUUGAGUUGGAGGGCAAUGAAGUUUGCAAAUACGAUUAUGUGGAGAUUUGGAGUGGUCUUUCCUCUGAGUCUAAGUUGCAUGGCAAAUUUUGUGGCGCUGAAGUGCCUGAUGUGAUCACAUCUCAGUUCAACAAUAUGAGAAUUGAAUUCAGAUCUGACAAUACUGUAUCCAAGAAGGGCUUCAAGGCACAUUUCUUCUCAGACAAAGACGAAUGCUCCAAGGAUAAUGGUGGGUGUCAACAUGAAUGUGUCAACACAAUGGGAAGCUACAUGUGUCAGUGCCGUAAUGGAUUUGUGCUGCAUGAAAAUAAACAUGACUGCAAGGAAGCUGAGUGUGAACAGAAGAUCCACAGUCCAAGUGGCUUCAUCACCAGCCCCAACUGGCCAGACAAGUACCCAAGCAGGAAGGAAUGCACAUGGGAAAUCAGUACCACUCCUGGCCACCGAAUCAAAUUAGCCUUUGGUGAGUUUGAGAUCGAGCAGCAUCAAGAAUGUGCUUAUGAUCACUUGGAAGUAUUCGAUGGAGAAACAGAAAAAUCACCAAUUCUUGGAAGACUAUGUGGGAACAAGAUACCAGAGCCCCUUGUGGCUACUGGAAAUAAAAUGUUUGUUCGGUUUGUUUCUGAUGCAUCUGUUCAAAGGAAAGGCUUUCAAGCCACACAUUCUACAGAGUGUGGAGGCCGACUGAGAGCAGACCCGAAACCCAGAGAUCUGUACUCGCAUGCGCAGUUUGGUGAUAACAACUACCCGGGACAAGUGGACUGUGAAUGGCUGUUAGUGUCAGAACGGGGCUUUCGACUGGAGCUAUCCUUCCAGAUUUUUGAAGUGGAGGAAGAAGCCGACUGUGGCUAUGACUAUGUUGAGCUCUUUGACGGUCUCGAUUCGACAGCGGUGGGGCUUGGUCGAUUCUGUGGAUCAGGGCCACCAGAAGAGAUCUAUUCAAUUGGGGAUGCGAUUUUAAUUCAUUUUCACACUGAUGACACAAUCAACAAGAAAGGAUUUCAUAUAAGAUACAAAAGCAUUAGAUAUCCAGAUACUAUGCAUACCAAAAAAUAACACCAAAACCUCCAUCAAAACAUAAAGGAAUGUGCAUAAUGGAGAGAAGACGUAUUUUUUUUUAAAUGAAGAUAUUAGCACAAAUGUUUUAUAUAAUGAGUUUGACCAGAAGAAGACUUAUGAGGACAGGAUUCUCUCUGCUAAAAGAGAAGUUUUCAAGCCAGCUCUGAUCAACGUUGCCAAGAUACUGAAACUCCAUGCUGGGUGGUAUAAAUAUAAAUAAAGCUGGUGAGAAGGCAUCAUGUAACUUCAAGGAAGACUCCAGAGAUUUUGUUCACAGCCUGACAUAGAUGCCUUGCCAUUCAAACAGUUCGAUUCAGGGGCUGUGACUUGCAGCGUGUUUCUUUUUGACAAUUUUUCGAGAUUUGGGAGAAAUCAAAUGAUCUUGCAGGUCAUAAACUAAAAAACCCUCUUGUAUCUUAGGAUAAUUGUUUUGGCUUUGUAUCUUGCAUACGGAUCCAUAUGGGAUGUUGCAAAAUGGGAGUCUUUGGAGGGCGGUUUGUACUUUAAAUGUGGGCGUGUCCGGAAUUUUGGAAACUGGAAUAUUUCAGCUUCAUUAUUUUCACUUGCAGGCCAGAUUCACCUCUUUGAAACACGAAUGAUCUUGAGACCACUUCAUUUUACUGACGUUUUGACAAGUUGGAAAUGCCAAUAGUGUCUAUUACUGCAGUUAAACUCUAGGCAUCAUUUAUUUAAGUGCUGGAAAAUGCCCAGUUGAUUGCUAAACUCAAGUUCUUUCAGUGAAAGUGCUGCCUUUUCACACCAAAUUUAAGAAGUGUUGUGAUGUCUUGGGCACUUCAAGAGAGAACUCCCAACAGGUGUGAACAGAAUUCUUCCAAGUGACGGCCUGGAUGGCCCGUUCUCAAGUCACCAGUGCUGCUAUUGUCUUUUCUGUUGUUGAUCUGUUGUAGUUGUUAUUGCUGAUGUUGUCAUGGUUAGUGUUGUAUUUAAAAAAAAAA